UUCCAUAUAUUAAUAUAAGAGGCGCCCCCCCUGCAGCCAUUUCUCCAUCUCUCUCAGCAGAGUCCAGCCAUGGGUAUCGAUCUGAAGGCCGGAGGUAAGAGUAAGAAGACUAAGCGUACCGCCCCUAAAUCUGACGAUGUUUACCUCAAGCUUCUCGUUAAGCUUUACCGAUUCUUGGCGAGGAGGACCGGAAGCAAGUUCAAUGAGGUGAUUCUCAAGAGGCUCUUCAUGAGCAAGAUUAACAAGCCUCCACUUUCUCUCUCGAGGUUGAUUUCUUAUGCCAAAGGAAAGGAGGACAAGACCGUUGUCAUUGUGGGUACUAUUACCGACGAUGUUAGGGCUUAUGAAGUUCCAAAAUUGAAGGUUUGUGCCUUGAGGUUCACAAAGACAGCCAGGGCAAGGAUUGAGAAGUCUGGUGGUGAAUGCUUGACAUUCGAUCAGCUGGCUCUCAGGGCUCCACUUGGCCAGAACACGCUUCUCCUAAGAGGUCCUAAGAAUGCACGUGAAGCAGUGAAGCACUUUGGUCCAGCUCCAGGUGUUCCACACAGCCAUACCAAACCGUAUGUGCGUGCCAAAGGAAGAAAGUUUGAGAGAGCUAGAGGAAAGAGGAAGAGCAGGGGUUACAAGGUUUAAGUUGAUUUCUAUUAUUUAUCUCAGAAUGUCUGUCAUUUGGAUUGUGGCCAGUACAAGUUUUUGCAGACUCUAGUAUGCAGUUGCUUAUGCUUACUUGUCUUGUUAAGGAUAUUUGAUUUCUAUCUACUUUGAAACCAAGUUUUAGUUUAAAAUGA